AUGGCAAAUUUUGCGAAACUACUGACGCUUGUGUGCUACCUUCUCGGGUCUGCCCUCUCCCUGUAUGUUGACGGCGGAAACAUCGACAAAAGAAAUCUGGGAUAUGCCAGGAAUGUUCACACUCCAAGGAUGGCGGCAGCAUCUCCUUUUCGAGGUGUGGGAAUCAGCUAUACACCAUUUACGGCGGAUUCAAAGUGUAAAUCGCAAGCCGAAAUCGACUCUGAUAUUAACAGACUGCGCAAAUACUCCACCAUCCGUUUAUAUGGAGUCGAAUGCAAUCAAAUUCCUAUGGUCCUGAGCGCCGCGAAACGUAACGGCAUGAAGAUAUUUGCUGGUAUUUAUGUGCUCAACGACCUAGAUAGAGAGCUGCAGACUUUAAUCAAUUCUGCCCGGAAUUCUUGGUCAGACAUUGUGGCUGUUUCAAUUGGCAAUGAAGUUGUUGCCCGGAAUGCGCAGUCUCCAGGACAAGUUGUCAAUGCUAUUAACAGAGCUCGCAGUAUUCUCCGUGGGGUAGGAUAUGGUGGUCCUGUUCUCACCAUUGACACUGUUGAAGCAACAAUUCGAAACCCUCAGCUUUGUCAUGCAUCCGACAUCUGCGCUGCCAAUGCUCAUGCCUUCUUCUCCAACAAAACACCAGCGAAUCAAGCUGGCCCUUUUGCUCGCAGACAAGCAGAUAUGGUCUCUGCCGCUGUUGGGGGCAAACGAAUAAUUAUUGCUGAGUCAGGCUGGCCCUCUGCAGGCGACACAAAUGGAGCAGCAGUGCCAUCUGAUCAAAACCAGCGCAUUGCUGUUCAAAGUUUAAGGGACAGCUUUAGAGACAGGGAUGGUGAACUAAUUCUUUUCUCUGCAUUUGAUGAGAAAUGGAAGAAAGAUUUCCCUGGCUCCCACAAUGCAGAGAAGUGGUGGGGUAUUGAAGACUGA